CUGUUGAUCACCUAUUGUACCUGUGUGUGUGUGUGUGUGUGCGCGCGCGCGCCCGCGCGUGUGAGAGAGUGUGUUUGGUUCGGUGCAACUACUGUAUGUACAACAUACUGCUCACAACUGCACAGCUAAUGCUAUUUUUUUGUUUUAUUUUAUUGAAAAAUGGAAUUCAAUGCUCUCAAUGAUCUCACGGUACUUUCGCAACCAGGAGGCUGUGAAUGGCACUUUGGCCCAACAGAGGCACAACCUGGCCUCUGUUGGGCCACACCUGGAGAGAGAGAUGAAAAAGAAUACAGGCCCUCAUCUAAAUAAACAAGAACCGCAAAGAUGCUUAUUCAGUAAUUUAUUAUUGAAUGAAAAGUAAGGCCACAGGGACUUGAUUGCAGUUGUCAGUUUACUCAGAGGUGAAACAGUCACGUGUUUGGCCAUGGAUCACAUGACCGGACGUGUCAAACAAAAGCUCCAUUUGAGCACUUGCAUUUCCGGCGCUUUAUUGGCAGAGGUCAAUGGCGUCGUUGGCUCAGGAGCCUUUGGUGCUCCUGAUCAUCUUCUCCAGAAGGUCCCACUGGUCCUGAGGAACCUGCAGCCAUGACCUCAUCGAUCAGCUGCUCAGGUUGGGCCACACAACACUUGAGACUCACCGCUUGCAGGCUGUUGAACUCUCCCGCCAUCAUGACGUACUCGCCCCCGUCCAGACGGACCACCUGAGGAUCAGCAAGCACAGCAGUUCAGCAGAAACCCGCGCAGAAGCAGACGCACGCCUGCACUCACAGCCCCAGACAUCCAGGUGGCGAAGUCGCUGCUCAUGUAGGCCGCCAGGUUAGCGAUCUCUUGAGGCUGCCCUAAGCGGCCCACGGGAAGCCGCUUCAGCAUCUGACCCGAGAACUGCCCGGUGGGGUCCAGACGACUGAAGGCUCCCUGCAAACACACGCUGUCAACAACAACAACAACAACAACAACAACAACAACAAGGUCAGGGCCACAGCGGCACCUUGGUAUGGAUGGGUCCUGGCUGGAUGAUGUUGAAGCGGAGACCAUAGCGGCCCCACUCUGCUGCCAGAGACCUGGACACAGAUUCAGAGUUAGAAUGGGAUUCAGAGUUCAGAGAGGUCAAAGGUCGCACUGACUUGUGAAGAGCCUCCACGCCAGCCUUUGCUGAUGCACUCGGGACCACGAAACCGGAACCAGACUCUGCAUAGAUGGUGGUGAUGGCGAGGAAGGAGGCAGCUGGACACACGCACACACAGUCUCAGGGAGGCUUGGGACAACAUGGCGGAAGUUACUGUGACCUCUGACCUCUCUGGCUCUUGAUCAGCCUCUUCCCCAGCUCCAGGGUCACGUAGGCGGUUCCGUUCAGAACGAUGUCAGUGAUGGUCCUCCAGGCGUUUGCCGACAAACGCUCCGUAGGGGAGAUGAAAUUCCCGGCGGCGUUGUUGAUGAUCACCUGCGGACACACAGCUGUGAGGUCAUGGACGAGGGCGUUGCCGCGCGUCUUACGUUGGGCAGGCCGGUGAGACUCUCCAUCUGGUCGACAGCAGCGGCGACGGCACCCGGGUCUCUGACGUCACACUGGACGGCGUGAACCUGGAACGCGGUCACGGUAACGCAGCGUCACACACUCUGAACGUGAGCCAGUCUCCACCCAGUUCCCAGUCCUCACCUGGUUCCCGGUCUCGGAGCUGAUCUCCCGCGCGGUCUGCUGCAGGACGUCCAGUUUCCUGAGGACAGCGAGCCUGGUGACAGGUGCCCCGCUUUUCUCUCACCACACAACUCUGGCUCCAGUUUUCUCACCUGCUGGCGAUCACACACUGCGCCCCCAGCUGGGACAGGGUGGAGGUCAUGGCCCGGCCCAGACCCGUCCCUCCGCCGGUGAUGAACGCCACCUUGUUGCUGAAGCUUCCCGGCUGCAGCAUGACGCCCUUAGACGGAGGGAAGUGGACAGCCUGGGGGGGAGCCUUCCCAAGCGCUGCUGAGCAGUGGAGCCAUGACUGAAACACACACACGUGCCUCAACUGGAGCCGUGGGUCAUGUUAUGACGCCAGCUGGUGAGUAUUACACUUCCAACAUAACAGAGGUCACAUGGCUCCUCGCCUGACAUGAUCGGUAAAAAGUUAAUAUUCGGUGCAGUUCAGAGAGCCGACCAUGUGCGCAUGCGUAGCACAUACAAACAAGUAGGUAAAAGGUUAAAAUGGUACAGGCCGAGGAAAAGUGAGACGGUGAACUAGUCUGCAGUUUGGUAAAGUCUCCGCCUCACUCGGUAACAAAGUCUCACCCUCUGAAGUGAAGUUUGGAUAGACUUUCUGCAAAACACCGCCGUCGCCGCCAUGUUGCCGAAUCCAAACCAUUCAGCAAGAGAGCGCGGGGGGCGCGUAUUCCCGUGGUCAUAUCUAUUGUGACGCCAUUAAAUAUUUAGUCUGAUUUAAACUACUUAAGUCGUCAUUUAAAUGUGAUUUGGUUUUCAGAGUGAGGCUACUUUUAACGGUGCGUAAAUAAUGAGAGGCUCAUUUGUUCCGACACACUUUAGUCAGUGUAAUGGAACCGUCCAGGCUGUGACGUAACUGCCUAACUUCCUGCACAUUACCGUACUGUGUGCAGGCGAGCGACCAACAAAAACUUUACCAAUCUAUUCCGCCUGUUUCUUCUCACUGACAUCUGUCAGUCAUCGUCAUCUAUUAACUUCCAGGUAAAGUGAUGGUACUGAACUAUAUUAAGUGAAUGUUAACCCGCCCGCAUCGAGUUCCAUCUGCAGCAUUUCCCCUUAAGCCGGGUCAGUUACGGUAGUGGAGCCAUGGUGCGAUGAUCGGAACACUGAGGGCACCAGCCGCUCGCUGAUCGAUGCUCUCCUCCUCACCACUAUCGCUCCAUGGAGGGCUACGGUUCUGAACCCAAACUCGUGUUGGUGUUUAGCGGAAAGCGGAAGUCCGGGAAAGAUUAUGUGACCGAUCUGAUCCAGAGUCGGCUCGGAACAGAUGUCUGCUGUGUGCUCCGCCUCUCUGGACCUCUCAAGCACCAGUACGCCCAGGAUCAUGGUCUGGACCUGGAGCAGCUGCUGGGUCCAGGUCUCUAUAAGGAACAGUACCGGGCCGACAUGAUUCGCUGGGGAGAAGCGAGGCGGCAACAGGAUCCGGGGUUCUUUUGCUGUCUAGCCACCCGAGCUGCGAGACAGCCUGUCUGGGUGGUGAGCGAUGCGCGGCGGUUAUCGGACCUGCAGUGGUUCUGGGCCAGGUAUCCACUUCAAACCAAAUGUGUGAGAGUGCAGAGUUCAGAGUGCACCCGAGCUAAGAGAGGGUGGAGCUUCACAGCAGGUGUGGACGACGCAGAGUCAGAGUGUGGGCUGGACAGCGGCGUGGACUUCGACUGGAUCAUCAGCAACGAGGGUGACGCGUCCUCACUGGAGCAGCAGCUGCAACCCAUCCUGACCCUGGUCCAAGAAGUGCUGCGUCAGCAGUCCCGACAGAGCCACCAGGAGCCAAGGAACUGCGCUGCCUGAUGACAUGGGUGAUGACGCUCCAAACUGAGUUGACCUUCAGUCGAUUCGGUCGAGGAUGACUGGGCAUGUUGGGCCUGACUGAAGCUGCAGCUCAUCUCUGUCCAGAGUCAGACUCCUGCAUGUUGAGCGAGGAGGGUUCACACUUGGUGUCACAAUAAAGACUGAGCUCUCAUGGACUGGUUCAUUUGGGCAGGUCAUGUCCGUGUACAUCAAGACAACUCGGCAUGUUCCCCAUGAACCACCAUGAGGCAGACAACUCUGUUUCAUCUCACCUGUCUCUCUCUCUCUGGGCAGUGUACCUCACCCGUCUCUCUCUCUCUCUCUGGGCAGUGUACAUCACC